AAUAUCAUUUUGUCAGAGUUGCCCAAUGGUAAAUUUGUGGUGAAAUCAUCCAGUCACUUGUUGGGAUCAAAUGCGACGCACAAGACUAUCUCUCAGGAAAUUGGAACCUUUGAAAAAACGAGAAGAUGAUUUUACAAGUACUGUUUCUGAUUGCAUCCGUUUCCGGUGCUACAAAUACCGGCGGAGAGCCACGGAAUCAUACCUCCUUUAAACAUCUCACUACGACACGUGAAUUCAUCGACAAAACCCUACUGAUCAAGUUCAUCCUAGACAACCAUUGGCACAUCUACAUCGCGGCUCCCCCUGGUUUCGGCAAGUCUACAAACCUGCAAAUGCUCCGGGAUUUCUUUGCCUUGGAUGUCAAUUCUCAUGGAUACUCUAUUAACGCGGCCGAGAUCCUGAAAACGGAUGCAACCAUUCAGAACGCCCUCGAUAAGUGUAAAGGCCUUCGGAACGUCUUGACAAAAAGAGUGGCUUUUCUAACUGACAGUGAGGGCCACUCAAUACACGGGAAUGUUACGAAACCUCAUGGUGUCUACCCUCUGAAAAACUAUGAAACUUUCUCAAAGCCAGCACUGCAAAUACUGGAGCAGUUUCCGGAGUUGUUCUUAACCCAAUUUGCUCGCUAUCCUGUUCUUUUGCUCGACUUUGGAACUCUGUCUACAAUUUCUGAUCAAGACCAUUUGCGCUCUUUUCAAAGAAUGCUUUCGGAGCUGUUUAAACCAUUUUGUUACUUGUUAAAGAGUAACAGGCUGACCCCAGACAACAAGGAUGAAUUUUUACUCUACCGCGACCAAUUUGAAAAACUCAGCCUAGACGAGAUCACGGUCGGAGGAGAAACACUUGCCCGACUCUUAUCAACACAUCAUCACCGAAAAUCGAUCGUUUUAGUGGACAACUUCGACGCACCCAUCCGCGAAGCGCUUCUGGCACCACAUCUCAAUGAUAGAAGUUUCAAGGGGAUCAUGUGGGGUGUUUCCCGAUUUGUCAAGUUGCUCAUAAAAAGUAGGUUCGUCCACCGGACCGUGGUGACGGGUACUGUCAGAGUCGACGUUUUCGGACUGACGCAUUUCCCCAUCUUUGACGAUGAUUAUUUGCAUCGGUAUUACGGCCUGACAGAAGGUGAUGUUUCUGAGCUAGCUAAACGCUUUGAGAAACAAAAAAAUAUCGCUGACGUUAGAAAAUGGUACGGUGGCUACAGAACAGCAGGCGAGGGUCAAACUAUCUACAACACACGCUCAACGCUCACUUUUUUUAAAACGGGCGAGCUAAAACCGUACCGGUAUCAGUGCAUGAAUUUCAAAACAUUAAAAAACCUUUUGGAGUUUGAGAAAGUAGGCCAAUUUAUGGAAGACGCGUUUGACAAUAAAACCCGGCUGCAUGUCCGGCAGAAGAUUCCACAGAAGCUCCUGGAGCAAGUGCGACAAACUGUAUUCGGCACAAAUCAAACUUACAUCCAUAAAAACGUAAUUCUGCAGAUUCUCCUUGAUCAUGGCUUUUAUACCGUCCAAGACAGAGAUACCCUACACAUACCGAACUUCGAGGCAAUGCUGGAUAUCAAAAACUUGAUUUUCGACCGAGAAUACUACAUCAAUAAACUAAAAAUCAACGACCACAUUAUUGAUAACUUCGUGCAGAGCAUUGAGCGACUGACAGGAGAGGAAGCGUCUUUCAACAACUUCUCCGCAGCUGUUACAGAACUAUUCAAACAUCGCAUUCCGCGAGGUGCAAGGGAAACAGCUCACACCUUGCUCACUUUGGUAGCAGACGCUCACAAGUUCAGCUUGUUGCGUGGUCAGGAGACUCUGGAAAGCGACCGGCAAGAUGUGCUCGUUAAGCGGUCUAAAGAAAUAGGCAUUGUGAUUGGGAUCAUCGUGGGGUCGAUUAACAAAAUAGCGCUGAAACCUGUAUUUCUCAGGAGCUUACAAGUGUUUCCAGACUGCAAAUUGAGGGUUGCCAUCUUGUUAGGUUUGAAACCGCACGGACUAAUCGGAGAUCUUGAGGUUCUUUACGCACUUGACAAUCGCACUGAAACCAGAAUCACACUCUGAAUAUGGACGGUUGGACACGUAGCUGAAUGUGGGAGUCAUUGGUCCGGUAUUGAGUAGUCACACACGAGGAUAGGGACUCUCAGCAGAUAUUAGUUUGUCUGAACUAUUCGAAUAAGUAUAAAACAUAUUUAGGAUGAAAAAGACCUAAAAUUA